AUGGCCUUCACAGAAAUCCCGGUCCUCGAUCUGUCAGAGGCGAGAUCGCAGGGCACGAAACCAGACUUCUUGUUGAAGCUCCGAGAUGCCUUACUCAACGUCGGCUUCUUGUAUAUCAAGAAGGCUGGCAUCGAUCAGGAGUUGUACGAUCGCGUCUGCGAGGAGGGCAUCGGAUUCUUCGACUUGCCCGACGAUGAGAAGCUCCAGAUCGAGAUGAAGAACCAAGCAUCAUUCUUGGGAUACAGUAGGCUUGGUAACGAAGUGACGGCUCAGAAGGCCGACUGGCGAGAGCAACUUGAUCUCAGCACGCCACAUCCGGUCCGCACAGACAACGACCCAUUAUACCAUAAUCUACUGGCUCCGAAUCAAUGGCCCCGGCAAGAAUCACUGCCCAAUUUCAGAUCGACGUAUGAGGAGUACAUGAGACAGAUGUCCGACGUGUCCAUCUUCUUCAUGACCCUGAUCGCAGAGAGCCUGGAUCUUCCACCUACAGCUUUCAACAACUUCUUCGACGAGGAUCAACAGCAUAAGCUGAAGAUCGUCAAGUAUCCUGACAAUGGCGAUGGAGUCGGCCAAGGGGUUGGGCCUCACAAGGACUCCAUGUUGACCUCGUAUUUGCUUCAAGCUUCGAAUCAUCGAGGUUUGCAAGCUCAGAAUACGAAAGGUGAAUGGAUCGAUUGUCCACCAAUCCGUGGCACGUUGGUGGUUGCGAUCGGUCAAGGCCUUGAAGCUCUUACCGGAGGCGUCUGCGCGAGCACUACUCAUAGGGUCAUAAGCCCAAAGGCCGGAGAGGGGGCACGCUUUAGUAUUCCAUUCUUCCAAGGCGUGUCAUACGACGCAAAGUUCGAGUCAAUGGAAGUGCCUGACCACCUCCACGCAUUACGCAAGGACGUGCUAGAGCGCGAGGGAGGUAGAAGAGACGACGUCGAGUUCACAUUUGUCAAAGGGAAGUGGAACCAUCUCGGCGAAGCUACGUUGAUGAAUAGGAUCAAGAGCCAUCCUGAUGUCGGCGAGCGGUGGUAUCCACAGCUACUGCAACAGAUACGCCAGCAACAGGCAGAGGAUGCGGCCAUGAAGGACAAAGCUGGCAUGGGGGCUCAACUCGGCGACAACACUGCUCCGACGGUCAAAGUCGCUUCAUGA